CCGGCCUAUAUAAGCGGCUUGCGGGGCGUGUCCUCGCGCCGGGGUCGCCCUUUGGGUCUCGGAGGAAGGCUGUUUCGGAGGGCGGUUUGUGCUCGGUGAGGCGGUAUUUCGGGGACGAUGGCGGAGGGAGAUAAUCGCAGCACCAACCUGCUGGCGGAAGAGACUGCAGGUCUGGAAGAGCAGCUGCAAGGAUGGGGAGAAGUGAUGCUGAUGGCUGAUAAAGUCCUGCGGUGGGAAAGAGCCUGGUUUCCACCUGCCACUAUGGGCGUGGUUUCUUUGGUGUUUUUGACUAUCUACUAUCUCGAUCCAUCUGUUCUGUCCGGUGUUUCCAGUUUUGUUAUGUUUUUGUGCUUGGCUGACUACCUUGUUCCCAUUCUAGCACCUAGAAUUUUUGGCUCCAAUAAAUGGACCACUGAGCAGCAGCAACGAUUCCAUGAAAUUUGCAGCAACCUGGUAAAAACUCGCCGCAGAGCUGUGGGCUGGUGGAAACGCCUCUUCACACUGAAAGAAGAAAAACCGAAAAUGUACUUCAUGACCAUGAUCUUCGCGCUCGCGGCUGUUGCUUGGGUGGGACAGCAAGUCCACAACCUUCUUCUCACCUACCUGACAGUGACUUUCUUACUGUUGCUUCCCGGACUAAACCAACAUGGAAUCAUUUCAAAGUACAUUGGAAUGGCCAAAAGGGAGAUAAACAAGCUUCUCAAACAAAAAGAAAAGAAAAAUGAAUAAGACAUCUGUUUUAUUCCCUGUGAUGAAGUGUCCCUUGCCUUGGGAACAGUUUCUGUUAGGCUAUCUGGAUACUCAGAUGUUACAGCAGUAACUCUUUGCUCUCCCUCCUUCUGCCCUUAGUUACUAGAAAUUCCGACCUGCCAGGUAAGCGUUUAUGCGUAGUGUCUCCAUGUCAAGUGUAGCUGGCUGCGUUCUCAUCAGUUGGCCUGAUACGGAUAACUCAUUCAUGAAUAUGACUUGUUUUGAUUUUUCGCCCCUGGGGUUAACUGAAUUCUUACUUUUGGGCCCCGUCCUUUAAAAUAAUACAGUGGUGAACUUCACCCUUUAGUGUAGUUAACAGUGACUUUGGAUAAUUGUUCGAAUUGAUCUUUGCUUUAGCUGGAUGUACAAGGGGGAGUGGUCUGUGGCUACAGGAAGCCAGUUCUACUGUCUGCUCCCACAGUCUGCUUAAAAUACGGUCUGGCUUCAUGAAUACAGAGACCAAGUUUACCACUUCUGAUGAAAAGACCAAUUAAAACUCAUUCCUCAUUUUGCUUCUAUACUGUGGGAGCUCCGCAUGGAAUACAAUGGAACUGAUGCCAUGCCCCGGUAGAUGUUGGUUUCUCCCUUGUGCAAAACUUAGUAGUUGGUAGGAAGCAUUGCUCCUCGUCCAGCGUGGGGCUGGCAGGCUUCCAGCACUUGUACCUUGUAGUAAGUAGUAGUCCUUCCGGCUUCGUAAGAGCACGCUUCCAGAAGCUCGGAGUUCAGCUUUUUAGCAUACUUUCAAUCUCAGAUUCUCAGCUGACUGAAACUAAAGGACAUGAGAGGUAAGAUUCCUGUCCGUGACCUUUACUCCAACACCAGCCCAGUCAAUCAAGGACUCAUGUCUUCCUGUGUUUAGUCCAGAUUCACUAGAAAAUCGUCUUAUCCUACUAACUAUUCCAGACCAGAACCAGCCUUUAAAGGUAAGCCUCAGGAGUCUCAUUUUACGGUAACGUUGGCUGCUUUUGUCCUCAUAGAUUUGGCUUAGGAGGUGGUGCCUACGCUGGCGUCGGACUUUUUUCCUAGAUAUUUACCGGAAGAGUACAAGGGCUGUGGGUGAGAGCAGACGUGUGGAGAUGCUAGAUGGCCUUAGGUCAACGGAGAGUUUGUAAUUCCUUGGAAAGUGUCUUAGAAUCAUUGUCCCUCUUAAUAGCUAGAAAUUUAGAGUAGUUGAAGUCUAUAGGAAGGAACCCCUGAGGACUGAAAAUGUGACACAUUUGGGAACAAUUCUUCAACUCUGAUUAACUAGCUGUAAUAUAGUUCUGUGAAUUUAUUGCACUGAUGCUGUAAGACCUGGACCUGUGGUAUGUUUGUCUCUAAGACUUUUCCUUCGCUUCAGUAUUGCUGUAAACAGUGGUCCCCAUGUAGCAGAUGUUUGAUUUUUGUUUUUAAUGUUUCAUAUGAAAACCACAAACUACCUUCCAUGUGUUUCUUCAUUGUAAAUAAGCCUGUUUUCUUAGCUGGGUUUUUUUGUGUGUAUGUGUUCUACCAAGUUAACUACUUUCAUGGUUUUAAUCCUGUAUUUCUUCUACUUUGUUUUGAGAAAAGGGGGAAAAAUUAAAAGCUGGAAUCCCUU